AUGGGUUCUGUAGGUUACUCGACCGACUCUAUCAUCGCUGCCCUUGAUGGCGUCCAUCCAGAUCAAUUCUGCGGCGAUGAAGUAGAGCGUCUGCGAGUUCGUGCGGCUGCUCGUCGUCUCUUGGCAAGAGUUGAAUCACCAUAUGAGCGAGCCUGGGGUUUCUGUUUUGAACAUCCAGCUGUCUUUGCUGCUCUACAGACUUGCAUCGACCUGGGUAUCUGGAAAGCUUGGACCGAGGCUGGUGGUGGCAAAAAGACUAUUGAUGAUCUAGUUGCCAUGUCAGGGAGACAUAUUGAGACCAAUCUACUUCGACGUCUUUUUCGCCUACUGUCAGCCUUUAACGUUGUCGAAGAAACAGACCAAGACACGUUCAAGCCAACGCCAUUCUCAUACGCAAUAGGCGAUGAAUCCACCAAAGUCCGAGCAUCGCUCGAAGCAGCAACUCAGCAUUAUAUCUCAGCUGGCCAAAGUCUCCCCAAAUACCUUGCUAAAAUCGAUUACAAAGAGCCGACCUCAGCUGAAGACAGUAACUACGCAACAAGUGACCCAGAAGGUCUUAAUUUCUUUGGUCGACUUCAAAAGAGCCCAGAGUAUUAUGCAGCUUUCACUGGACACAUGGAGGCCUGGACAUCGUGGAAGACGCCAUGGACUAAGAUCUACGACCCCAGCAAAUUGAUAGAUGGCGCUGAUCUGAGUAAACCUCUGGUCGUUGAUGUCGGGGGUAACACAGGGAUUGACAUCUCUCAUGUUCUCAAAGCGAGACCUGAUUUACCUGCCGGAACUCUGAUUCUGCAGGACCUUCCAGAGAUUAUUCGCCAAGUUGAUGUCGAUGAAAGGAUUACAGCUCAGGUUCAUGACUUUUUCAAGCCUCAGCCAGUAAUAGGGAGUCGCGUGUAUUUUAUGCAUGCCGUUUUCCAUGACUGGCCUGAUGCCGAAGCUACACAAAUUCUUCAACACACCAGAAGAGCCAUGACCAAGGGAUACUCGAAGCUUUUCAUUUAUGAUAUCGUGCUACCGCCAAAAGGAGCAAGCAUCAGCCAGGCUACCAUGGACGUCCAGAUGAUGUCUCUCCUCUCAUCUUCGGAACGGACCAAGAGUCAAUGGGAGAAUCUGUUGGAAGGGGCUGGAUUCCAAAUCGUCAAGUUUUGGCCAGAUCCACAGCAAUAUGAAAUGUUGAUUGAGGCUGAGAUUGCUUAG